ACGUGGUUCGUUGUCAUGACUAUGGACAGUCGGUCGUCUGUAACAAACAAUGGCGGACAGAAGCGUGUUCACUUACCACAAACAACUCGCGUAGUUCAAAGGAUUAUUGUACGACGAUUUAAAUAAGUGGAAAGUAAUGUAAAUAGUCUAUUUUAUCUAUUAUAUAACUUCGUACGAAGUGUGGCAUCGUGCCAAGUUGUAAAAAGCGCAUCUGAAGUCACCGUUUCCGUCUGAAGUAUAGAGAAGAUCAGUUGUUUUUAUAUAUAAGAUGUUUAAAUGUCUUUCGAUGCUGUUUAUAAUUCGAACUUAAAACUAUGGAAUUACGUCGACUUUCAUGUUGUGCCUUUACUAAAUAACGUGAAAAAAUGGGAAAUUCCAAUCCUUCGCAGAACAAAACUUCAAAAGCAAUCGAUGGAUCGGACGAAGAUCAUAAACUACCUUCAAAAUCCAAGAAAAGUCGGUAUAAAGUCUUAAAGAAACGGUCGAACCGGGACCUUCACGUGCAGAGUGUCGUCGACUUCCACCGGAAGACGAACGGGAAAAGACCAGAUCAUAACUGCACAAAUAUGAUUCCUGAACCCGACUACAGUGAUUCUGAAGAGGAAAACGAGCAUGGACUUCGUCACACGCGGGCAUCUAAAACUAGUUCUUCCAAUGGAACAUAUGUAGAUGAUGUAUUGAUUUCUCCUAAGAAACUCACCAACCCUUGCCUUGAAUCUAUAGAAAGACAAAACUUGCAUAAAGAGCUUCUUUUUAAUCAAAAAAUAGGUAAAAGUGUUUUGGGUCAAAAAUCCGAAUUACAAAAAGCAAUGGACAAAUUUCGUGAAGAUCAAAAGAAAAAAGAGUUGGAAGAAGAACGGUUAAAGAAACGAACAGUUUUGGAAAAGAAACUUGAAGAGCAAGCAAAUAAAUUGAAACAGCAAGAAGAGCAAGAUUUAAAGAAGGACGAACCACAGGACCAACCUGAAUUUCUUCGCGUGCACGCGAGAGUCUGUGCCCAGACGGUGUCGGUGGAUUCGAAGUCUUCAUAGUGCGAAUGCCCUGGCUAAACACUGUACAUACCUCGAACACAAAAAACGAACGAUAUAUGCAAGGGGGGAGUAAGUAGCAAAGAGCAGUAUUAGUUUCAUCUCUGUUGAGUAAAUAUAUUUUUAAGACGCCCUCCGUAUUAUUUUGGCGUCGGCGAUGUUUACUUAGAUCGUAAAUGUUUUAUCGAAGUUUGGCAUCGUUUAAUCCGUUUACAGCAGAUUGUAUUUGAAUUUUAUGUACAAAUUGCAUGGAAUUCGACCAGAUUUGUUCUGUCAUCGACCAUAUUUAUGCGAAAAUGUUCAAAUGUUCUACUUAAUGUUCAAAGCACUACCACUGUUGCAAUGGUGUUGAGUUACAGUACUGUAGAAAACCAUACAUUGUUAUUCUAAACGGAAAUAUUUUUAGAAUGUUAUCAAUCCAUGUGUUGUAUUUCUAUUUUAUUUUACAAAAUAUUUUGAUAUACUUUAUUAAAUGUCUUGACAAAAAAUAUAUUAUCUAACCAAAAGGUAAUUUAUAAAUACUAACAAUCAAUUAACCCACUAAAGAAAUCAAACUGUAACUAAACCAAAAACCAUUGCCCGUGUGCAAAGUGCCAAGAAUAUCGCUACACGAUUCCGAGCCGGAUCGUGAUUCUGUAAAUUUGUUCUAUCUAAUGUACUAUACCUAUUUGAAAUUUAACAUAUCUAAGUUCUGUUAUUGCAAAAUAACUGUUUUGUAACAUUUAAAUAACUCGCAAUGACUGUUCCAGUGAAAUAAAAACUAAUUUCUUAAAAAAA